GCGCGGUGCGUCACGGCGCCUUUCAACAUGGCAGCGAGCCGCGUCUGAGUUACGAGAGGGAAAUGAGCGAGGUUUCGGGGGUGAGCGUCAGUGCCGGGUAGAUCGUCCGCGAGGGGGGUGUCUCUCGCCGAGGGAGAAGAGUGCGCGUCUUCUUCGAAGAAGAGGACGAUAAUCGGAUCCCUUCGGUGAAAGAGCGGCGUAGAAAGAGAUAGAAUCAUCAUGCGGUACCGUGGCGCGGGACAGGCCAAUCCGGUGGCGGUCAUUCUACCCCGUGUCGAGUGACAGGCUGCUUACGUAACGGAUUAUUCUCGCUAUGAUAACGACACUCCAGGCGCGAACGCGACACGUCGUGAGACACAAGCAGCGGAUCAUCGGCAUCGUCGUCGACGCGACCCCGACAAAAAUAAUACCGUCGACCCGAAUCCCGGUAUCGCUCGAAUACCACGAUACCCGUCCCUCGAACUGAGCGUCGCGACGCCCAGCAGUUUUAAUCACGAACGUGCGAUAAAUGAUGACAGCGUCAGUCGUCAUGGAGAACGUUAACUGGGAUCCCGCAUUGUCCAAGCUGCUAAAUUCGCUGCAGGAAAGCAAAUCGGAAAUACCCAGCUGUACCGAGGAGGAAUUUGGAUUUUUGAGCGAAUUAUUACAAUCGAAGGAACUUAACGCCCUGGUGAACGUUCAUAAUAAGAUUCUCAAUAAUGUCAAGGAUGAUAAAUUCUUUCCCGUACUGUCAAACUCAAUGGAUAUUGACGUCGAAGUCCUCGAUUUAUUGUCAACCAAAACGCACAUCUCGGCCGAUUGCAAGGAGCUCUUUCACCUUCUACAGAAGCCGCAUAUUCAGGGUCUUCUGUGCGCUCACGACGCGGUGGCGCAAAAGGACUAUUACCCGAGAUUGCCAGACAUCCCAUUGGAGGUGGACGAAGACGAGGAGACGGUGAAGAUAGUCCAGCUGGUGAAGUCGAACGAGCCCCUGGGCGACGGCGGCGUUGAACCGAUCGUGGGGGCGACUAUAAAAACCUGCGAGGUCACUGGCAAGAUUGUGAUCGCGCGGAUAAUGCACGGCGGCGCGGCCGACAGAUCCGGUCUCAUCCACGUUGGUGAUGAAGUCUGCGAAGUCAACGGAAUCAGCGUCGAGGGAAAGACGCCUAGUUUCGUCCUGCAUAUUUUGCAAAAUUCGGAAGGGACAAUCACCUUUAAAAUAGUACCCGCGGAUAGUAAAAGUGGAGUCAGGGAGAGCAAGGUUCGCGUGAGAGCGCAUUUUUCGUAUGUGGCAGCCGAAGAUCCUUAUAUUCCUUGCAAGGAAGCCGGAUUAGACUUCGUCAAGGGAGAUGUUCUGCAUAUUGUCAGCCAAGAUGACGCCUACUGGUGGCAAGCCAGACGAGAAGGUGAUCGAAAUAUGAGAGCGGGUUUGAUCCCUAGCAGAGCCCUUCAAGAACGUAGAAUUCUCUUUGAAAGGCAGCAGAAGGAGAAACCAGAUGGUGAAGAUAAUAUAAGCUUGUGUUCUGUUCCAGUGCCUUUGCCCGCAUUGUGCCCCCGUCCCAGUACCUCUUUGCACGCUUCGCCCACAAAGUGCAACUUGCAGGGAAUUAAAACUAAAAAAAUCAUGUAUGACGCUGCAGAGAACGACGACUUUGACCGGGAAGAGAUACCGACCUACGAAGAGGUCGCGAAACUCUAUCCGAGGCCGGGUCUGUAUCGACCGGUGGUUCUCAUCGGGCCACCGGGAGUCGGCAGGAACGAGCUCAAGAGGCGGCUCAUGGCGACCGAUCCUGAAAAGUACAAGACUCCUGUGCCCUAUACGUCUAGGCCACCGCGACCAGGUGAAAUAAACGGCAAGGAGUAUCAUUUUGUUACUCGGGAGAAUAUGGAGGAAGACAUCGAGGCUGGAAAGUUUAUCGAGUACGGCGAAUACAAGGGAAACUUGUACGGCACCAGUUCCGAAAGUGUCAGUUCACUCGUGAAUGCUGGAUACGUGUGUCUUUUGAAUCCUCACUAUCAAGCUCUCAAAAUGUUGAGGACACCGCAGUUAAGGCCGUACGUCAUAUACAUAAAACCGCCGACGUUCGAAGUGCUAAAGGAGACUAGGAACGAAGCCAGAGCGAGAUCGACCUUCGACGAGAACAAUUCUCGAGGCUUUACGGAUGAAGAAUUUCAUGAGAUCUUGCAUAGCGCAGAGAGAAUAGAGUUCCUGUACUCUCAUCUCUUCGACGAGGUGAUAGUAAACGCUGAUCUACCCAUGGCAUUUGAACAACUAGUCAAUGCUAUUCAUCGAGUCGAAUCUGAACCGCUUUGGGUGCCAGCCUCGUGGGUUCAAUAAAAUGAUGAUCUUCGAGAUUCAAAUGACAAAGCAUCGCAAAGAAAGAGUCAAAAAGAAAGACUUUCGUCGUUGAAGAUACGCAACUGUUCGUUCUGAUAUGACGAGAUCGGGCGUUUUUCGAUGCCACCUUACUUCCACUUUCGGUCCACGAAGGAUGCUCGUGUUUCUCGUCUAUCAUCUCACCGAAUUGCAAUUUACUACCUAGUGUUUUUAUCGCGUAUUUAAAAAGACUUCGUACUUUGAGCGUUUGCGAAUCUUUGUCGAUUUCACACAAAGACAAAUUAAAUAAAAUUUUCUAUUACGGGAUGCCAUCGUUUGUUGUUGGCAGUGGUUGAUAAUCGUAACGAUUCAUCCAUCGCGACGCGAUGUGUCUUUUUGAUGACAUCGUUGCCAUAAAUUAAGUAGCCAAAAGUACGAGACGUUGAGAUAAUUUCGCAGAUAUUGUGAUUUGAAGUCGUCCAAGUUCCGCAAUUCUUUUUGGGUAACUAUCAGAUGUCUUUAGUAACACACUCUACGCAUAAUCCUUAGAAUCCUUACUGCCAGAAGCUUCGCCGCUAGCGAGAGAUCUCGCAUAUAUGAUCAGACGGAGGAGAGCGAUGUGAUUUCGUCACUAAUCUAUCUGCGUAUCCUAUCAACGUGUCAUGAAAUUCCAUUUUUGAGACCUUGGAAAUCUCGCAUACUUUGGGAUCAACGCUCGCGAAAUGAUGAUUGUGUCAAAGUUAUCUUCAAAGUUACACCAAAGUUAGGAGAAUCGUUAUCAUGAACGAUCUUUGAUCUCGAUUGUUGUUAAUUGUUGCCAAAUAAGUAUUGUACCUAAAGUGCGACCUGAAGAGUCGCUCCACACUGUAUUUACCGUAUUUUCCACUCGAUCGAUAUUAUUAUAAUAUCGUUGCUAUUUUAUUUUCUUUUCCAUGAGAACGGAAUGCCGAUAUGGAACAAAAUGAAAAUGUUCGCACUAUCGAGUUGAUGUUGCAUAAUUCAUCUUUGAUGUAAACUCUGUAUGUUAUCGAAAUAUAGCAUUGAACUUUGAA